GUUUUUCUGAGCUCCAACUGCGACGGCGAAUUGUUUCGCCAUCAACUUCAGAGCACCCCUACAGCAAUGGCAAGAGGCGGUGGUCGUGGCCGCGGUCGCGGUGGUAAGAGAGGCGGGCGCGGCGGCGGCGGUGGUGGGCGCGACACCAGGUCGGAGCCAUGGUCGGAGAUCUCGCGCAAGAACGAGCUGUUCGAGAGCUACUACCGCAAGGGCGGCUUCAUGGAGGAGGCGGAAUUUGAGGAGAUGUGGGCCGCGCUGCAGACGGACCUGCCCAACAGCUUCCGCUUCACAGGCACCAAGUCCGACGCCCUCGCCGUGCGCGAGAUCUUCAAGUCGCGCUACAUCCCCGCCAUCUCCGCGCAGACCUUCGAGGGCAAGCCCGUGCCGCCGCCCGAGCCCGUCAACGCCUUCCCCGACGAGCUGGUGUGGCACAUGAAGACGCACAAGAAGGUCAUCCGCCGCCAUGCCGCCUUUGCCAACUUCCAGAAGUUCUUGGUCGCAGAGGCUGCGUCUGGCAACAUCAGCCGGCAGGAGGUCGUCAGCAUGAUCCCGCCGCAUUUUCUCGAUGUCAAGCCCGGGCUGGUCGUGCUGGACAUGUGCGCCGCGCCCGGCAGCAAGUCGGCCCAGCUGGCGGAGAUGAUCCACGGCGACGAGGAGGAGCGCGUGCGCAGGGCUGCCAACGGCGAGGACGUCGGCAGCGGCGCCGACGGCGACUACAGCGACGACGGGCGGUCCACGGGUCUGCUCAUUGCGAACGACACCGACUACAAGCGCGCCGGCAUGCUGGUCCACCAGGUCAAGCGCCUCAACUUCCCCAACCUGAUCGUCACCCAGCACGACGCCUCCAUCUUUCCGUCGAUCGAGCUGCCCACCAAGGCCGGCGAGAAGAAGCAGUACCUGAAGUACGACAGGAUUCUGGCUGAUGUGCCGUGCUCCGGCGACGGCACAGCCCGCAAGAACCCCAACGUCUGGCAGAAGUGGACGCCCAAGGACGGUCUUGGUCUGCACAAUCUGCAGCUGCGCAUCCUCUUCCGCGGCCUGCAGAUGCUUAAGAAGGGCGGACGCAUGGUCUACUCCACCUGCAGUAUGAACCCGGUCGAGAACGAGGCGGUUGUCGCCGCGGCUAUCGAAGCCUGUGGCGGUGUCUCCAAGGUCCAGCUGGUCGACAUGCCCGACCACCUGCCGAACCUCAAGCGCCGACCCGGUCUGAACACCUGGAAGGUUCUCGACACCUCGUCGGUCGCCGGCAGCAACGACAAGACCGCGCACAUGUUCAGCAGCUGGGAGGCGUUUGAGAAGGCCAAGGCGAAGUACGCCGUAGAGGAGCCCGAGCGCAGCUUCUCGCAGAAGGUCUCCAAGGGCUGCUUCCCCCAGAUCGUCCCGAGCCCCGAAGAGCGCAUCCCGCUCGAGCGGUGCAUGCGUGUGUACCCUCACCUCCAGGACACUGGCGGUUUCUUCAUCGCUGUGAUUGAGAAGCUUGACGACAUCAAGAUUGCGCAGAUCCAGAACCCCGAGAACGCAGCCAAGGCGAAGAAGCAGGAGGAGAAGAGCGCGAUCCCCACCCCCGAGGAGAACGUCAUCGAGGCCGACGCCACCAAGGACACCGAGAGCCUGAAGCGCAAGGCCGAAGACGACGACGAGUCCGCCGCCGCGAAGAAGACAAAGACAGAGGAGUCCGCUCCCGCCUCCGAGGCCGCGACACCAGCGCCCUCGACCCAGGUCGCCAAGCUCAAGCCCGAGAAGCAGGACCAGAACAAGGAGUACUUCGAGUACCUGUCCCCGACCGACGAGACCAUCACGCGCAUCCUCGAAUUCUUCGGCAUCUCCUCGCGCUUCCCGCGCGACCGCUUCAUGGUCAAGAACAAGGAGGGCCUGUCGCUCAACAAAAUCUACUACACCUCCGGCUUCGCCAAGACCAUCAUCAAUGCCAACAAGGACCGCGGCAUGAAAUUCAUCCACUGCGGCGUCGUCAUGUUCGUCGCCCACAAGAUCAAAGACGCCCAGUACAUGCACGCCCCGUGGCGUCUGCAGUCGGAGGGGAUCUCGAUCCUAGAGCCGUGGGCGAGCGCGCGCAUCGUCACGUGCACGCAGAAAUCCACGCUCAAGCAGCUGGUCGCCGAGAUGUUCCCCAAGCUGCCCAAAGAGGGUCCUCACGGGCUGGGCGAGGUCGGCGACCAGCUCCAGGCCAUGGAUAUCGGGUGCUGCUUUGUCCGCGUCGAGGCCGAUCCCGCGCAGGAGAUCCCCUUCCGCAUGGUGCUGCCCCUGUGGCGCCACCCCGGUAGCGCGAAUAUGAUGGUCGAUAAGGAUGAUCGCAAGGCCAUGUUGUUGCGGCUGUGGGGCGAGACGGACACGGAGAUUAUCAACCACGUGGCGGAUAAGGCGCGGCGCGAGGCGGAGGCGGAGGCGGAGGCGGACGGAGAGGACGCAAAGGCCGAGGCAGAAGACGCGAAGGCGAGUGCAAUCGAAGGCGAGAACGCAGAAACCAUGGACGUAGACGAGAACGGCGGCGUGGCGGUCGACGCCUCGGCGUAGAAAAACUAGUAUCCAGUAUCCAGGGAAGGGAAGGGAAGGAAGCAUGUGGCGGCGUUUGAGUACUACAUAUCCUCAUAUAUUCGGCUAGAAUCGCAUCUUCGACACCUUAUCUCGCUCUUGGUUUGUUUUCCCUUGUUAAUUACUGGGCUUGUGGGUAGAGUCUAAUGCAAUGUCGAUAUGUCCCGCUGGCCCGUCGAGUAGUUGUGCACACACCACUGCCACGCCCGCCCCGUGCAGAGAACAGAACAUGAUCGCGAAUAGAUGGGAUAGCGAGGUGACAGUAACGCAAGUAAGAAUAGAUGUGGUAAGGGUAUCUACGGCAGAAAUCACGUUGAAUCACAAGCAUCCCCCUUCCCCCUCUC